UUAUCCGCGGACCGCUUCGUCCUGCCCUUAUUUUCUUCCGCCUGGAGCAGAAGGAGCUGACUGAUGUUAUGAAAUGGGAACUAAACCGGGGGUCAACAGUUAGCUCCACGAGAAGCGUGUGUUUUUCUGUCAUCGGUGUUUUAUAAGUAAAUGUGAAGAUGCACUCCCAGAUACUGUGCAGCGGCACCGCGGCGGCCGUGGCUGCCCGGAGGAUGCGCCACAUUCUGGGUGGUGUUCUGGGGAGAGACGGCUGGAUGUGGAGGACUCAUGAGGUCAAAUUCCUCAACACGUCGUCAGGAGACACAGUGACGAUCGGUGAGAUCUCCUACAAACUCAAAGCCCCCCAAAACCCAGAACUGGUUCCUGUGAAACACAUUUCAGACUCGCUGCCUCAAACAGUCGCUCAGCACCUACGAUGGAUCAUGCAGAAAGACCUGCUGGGUCAGGACGUGUUCCUCAUCGGACCACCAGGACCCCUGAGAAGAUCCAUAGCUAUGCAGUACCUGGAGUUGACCAAGCGGGAAGUCGAAUAUGUCGCUCUGUCUAGAGACACAACAGAAACUGACCUGAAACAGAGGAGAGAGAUCCGAUCAGGGACGGCCUUCUACAUCGACCAGUGCGCCGUAAGAGCGGCGACGCAAGGUCGAGUCCUGGUCCUGGAGGGUCUGGAGAAGGCCGAGAGGAACGUCCUGCCGGUUCUUAACAACCUGCUGGAGAACCGAGAGAUGCAGCUGGAGGACGGACGCUUCCUCAUGUCGUCUGAACGUUACGACAAGCUGCUGCAGGAACACACCAAAGAGGAGCUGGACAGCUGGAAGAUAGUACGAGUAAGUGAGGACUUUCGGGUCAUUGCUCUCGGCCUUCCUGUUCCCAAAUACAAGGGGAACCCGCUGGAUCCUCCUCUACGCUCUCGGUUCCAGGCCAGAGACAUCUAUUACCUACCAUUCAAGGACCAGUUGGAGUUGCUGUACACAGCAGGACCAAAUAUUGCUGCAGAAAGAGUAUCCCAGCUGUUGUCACUUGCCACGACGCUGUGCUCCCAGGAGUCAUCCAACCUCGGCCUCCCAGACUUCCCAGUGGACAACCUGCUCCCUGCCCUUCACAUCCUGAAUGCUUUCCCAAUGCUAUCCUCCCAGCAGCUCAUCCAGAGGCUUUACCCUUACCACAGUAUCCUGGGAAAGGAUGGGCGUAACGCCGUUGAGGGAGUACUGAGUCGGUUUGAGCUUUUGGAUGGUCGUCGGCAGCCAGCACCCAGCGCCAUUUUGAAUGUUUCUAUGGCAAAGGACCUCGAGGGUCAUGCAGAUGUUACGUUAAGGGUCGCAGACAAGGAUGUCACCUGUCAGGUUCCAGCAGGCACCAAGGAUCUGCGUCCACCAAACAGCAGCCCGACCUUCAUCAACACACCGAGCCACUCACAGCUCAUGGCUGAGAUGAUGCAGUCACACAUGGCUAAAGACAUCUGUCUGAUAGGAGCCAAGGGUUGUGGAAAGUCAGUGAUUGCCAGAGAGUUCGCUGAGAUACUGGGCUACAGCAUAGAGCCCGUCAUGCUCUACCAGGACAUGACAGCCCGAGACCUUCUCCAGCAGAGAUACACUCUACCGAACGGAGACACGGCGUGGAGGCCGUCGCCGCUGGUCACCGCCGCCAUCGAGGGCAAACUGCUGCUGCUCGACGGCAUUCACAGGGUCAACCUGGGAACUCUGGCUGUGCUGUCGAGGUUGCUCCACGACAGGGAGUUGGAUCUGUACGACGGGACCAGGCUGAUGAGGUGGGACAGAUACCAGACGCUGAAGGAAGACCUGCAGUUCACUGACAAACAGUUGCAAGAGAGGUCAAUCUUCCCCAUCCACCCGUCAUUCAGAGUGCUGGCCCUGGCAGAGCCUCCAGUCGUGGGCGCCAGUACAAGCAACAGCAGCAGCAGCGGCAGCAAAGGUCAGCAGUGGUUGGGUCCAGAGCUGCUCACCAUGUUCGUCUACCACACCGUCACACCGCUGGCCAAAGCCGAGGAGAUGGGCCUCAUACAGGGACUGUGUCCGAAUGUUCCCCCUGAAGCAUCAGAGCAGCUCCUUCGCCUCACACACAGCCUCCGCAAGAUGAACGACCCCACGGCCCAGUCUCUGGCCUCGUCUCUCUCUACCAGACAGCUGCUGAGGAUCUGCCGCCGACUCUGUCAGCAUCCCGACGAGAGCAUCGCUCACGCCGUCCACAAGGCCUGUCUGUCCAGGUUCCUGCCCAGUCUGGCGCGAGCCUCACUGGAGAAAAACCCCAACUGCUCCAUCGAAGACAAGCCAGAUCCUGCCGAACACACUCGGGAGUAUCCCUGUGUGGUACAGGACGGUGUGUUGACGAUCGGCAAUGUGUCGGCUCCCGUCUACAACCCCAGCGAGAAGAUGAAGGUUCCAGAUGUGCUCUUCUAUGAUAAUCCCAGUUCAUCGUCAGUCUGCACAUCAAGGUACCUGUGGUUGGCGAGCAGCUCCACCUCAGUGCCCCUGAUGGCAAUCCAAGGUGUUGGUAAAAAUAAAAUAGUGGACCGAUUCCUGCACCUUCUCAACAGACCCAGAGAAUAUCUGCAGCUCCACAGGGAUACGACAGUCCAGACUCUGACCCUGCAGCCUUCAGUGCGAGACGGCAUCAUCACAUACGAGGACUCACCACUGGUGAAGGCGGUGAAACACGGCCACAUUUUAGUGAUCGACGAGGCCGACAAAGCUCCCACGAACGUCACCUGCAUCCUCAAAACCCUGGUGGAGAGCGGAGAGAUGAUCCUGGCUGACGGACGCAGAAUCAUCUCAGAUCCACGUGAAGCCAAAGGGAGGCCCAACACCAUCAUCAUGCACCCAGACUUCAGGAUGCUCGUCCUGGCUAACCGGCCCGGCUUUCCCUUCCUGGGAAACGACUUUUUUGGAGCUCUAGGAGAUAUUUUUAGCUGCCAUGCUGUGGACAAUCCGAAGCCCGAGGCCGAGCUGGAGAUGCUGAAGCAGUACGGCCCCGACGUUCCCGACAGCACUCUGCAGAAACUGGUGGCCGCCUUCGGAGAGCUGCGCUCGAUGGCCGACCAGGGCACCAUCACCUACCCCUACUCCACCCGAGAGGUGGUCAACAUCGUCAAACACCUCCAGAAAUUCCCCAACGAGGGUUUGGCCAACGUGGUGCGAAACGUCUUCGACUUCGACUCGUACAACAAGGACAUGCGGGAGGUUCUGAUCGAGGCGCUGCACAAACACGGGAUUCCCAUCGGAGCCAAACCGAGCUCCGUCAAACUGGCCAAGGAGCUGCCGCUGCCGGAGGUGCAGAUGACGGGAUACUGGACGGUAAACCAGGGAGGCAACGCUCGCCGCAAACUGCUCUGUCCAACUGAGACUCACCCCAUAGACAUCAAGGGUCCGGUGUUCCUUCGUGUCCAGGGUUAUCCGUGCAGCCGACAGGAGAGCAGAGCUCUGAACUUCAGCGAGGAGAAAGCUCACUGGCAGAUUCCCAUGAAUGAAGUCAACAUCAUCUGUGACGUCACCACCAAAGACGAUGUUCUGUACGUGGCCACCUGUAAUCCCGUAUCGCUGUACUCCAUGAAGGAACGCGGCGACACGAUAAACUGCAUGGAGCUCUACGAUGUUUUCCCCAGAACCAUCAGCGGCGUCUGGCAGCCGUUUGUUACCGUCGCUCCGUUGGGGAAUCCUCUGGACGGACAGGUGGUGCUGCAUGAGGAACAGAGUAACACGGUGCUACAUUUGGACCUGGUAACCGGCGCCGUUCGGAGGCUCAUGUUGUCUCCAGAAAGUGAUCAGCCUCAAACUGAAAGCUCCAGCUGGUGGAGCAGCAAAGAGCAACAGGGAGGCGGCCAUAAAAUGUGUCGUGACUUUUCCCACAAAAACUGGCUCCUCUUCUAUAAGGAGGAUGGGAACCAGCUGGAGGUUCUGGACGUUCUAGAAGGUCGAGUUCACUCCAUCUCUCUCCCCAUCAACCUGAAGUCGGUGUUCCUGGUGGCCGAGGAUCGCUGGCUGCUGCUGGAGAACAACACCAACAAGAAAUUCCUGCUGACCAAACCCAUGCACAUGGCAGCUGAGGACUCUGGAGUGUGUCAGCUUCACAGCAUCAGCGAGGACAUGGCCAGCUCAGGACAUGGGGCCUCCUCAGCUGAGGUUUCCACCCCCCAGAUGUUGUCCUGUGAGCAGCUGCCCAACGAGAACCUGAGCGCCGCCCUGAACCAGAAGAUAGUUUCUCCCAACCGCCUGCUGGCCGACACCAGCUGUUACGCCCGAGUCGUCGUGGGAUUCCCCGACCUCAUGUCUCCUAAUGAGGUGUACAGCUUCAACAGACCGGUCGACCUGGCGGAGGUGAAGAGUGAGAGCGGCGCUCACACGUUCUUCAGAGGUGGACUCCGGGCCAACAUCGCAAAACGGGACAACUGUGUCAGCCUGGUCUCAGCCAAUCAGGUGGUCCGAGCCCUCCCGCCCAGCAAGGUGCCCCUGAAGACGGUUUACCCCAAAGAUGUCACGCCUCCGAUGACGGCAGCGUACCUGGAGGUGACCGAUCUGAACUCCAAGAAGCUCAAAUAUAUUCCGGUGCCCAGGCCGAUAACUGUGUCUCCGUACACCAGCUGGUUGUCGAAGGUGUCAGAGUCAGAUGUUCUGAUCGCUGCUCUCGGUUCUGGAGGUGUCGUCACGGUGGAUACGGGAGGCUACGUCCGGCUCUGGGAGACCGGUGUGGACACUCUGCAGCGAUCCCUGAUGGAGUGGAGGAACAUGAUCGGAGGAGAGGGUGGAAAACCUGUACAGAUCACCAUCCAGAAAAGCAGUGGUCUGGACGUCAGCUCUCCUAAACAUGGAAAGAUAGACCCACUGAACGCUGCUCACAUCGGGGGAAACCAGUGGGCUGGAGGAACAGGCGGCAGAGACACUGCAGGUCUGGGCGGUAAAGGAGGCCCCUAUCGCCUGGAUGCAGGACACAAAGUCUUCCAGGUUUCUCAAGUCGAGAAAGACGCCGUUCCUGAGGAGGUCCGCAGAGCCGCCCGCGAAAUGGCAGAAAAGGCUUUUAAAGAAAGGUUGAAGGAGAUUGAUAUGAGCGAGUACGAUGGUGCGACAUACGAGCGGUUUUCCAAUGCUGUAAGAAGACAAGUUCAGUCACUUCGCAUCAUCCUGGACAGUUUACAGGCUAAAGGGAAGGAGCGGCAGUGGCUAAAGAACCAGGCGCUGGGUGAACUGGACGAUGCUAAAAUCAUUGAUGGGCUAACCGGAGAGAAGACUGUAUAUAAACGCAGAGGAGAGCAGGACCCAGAGCCGGGCAGUCCUCAGCAGAAGCCCAAACGUUUGCGUGUGUUGGCGGACGUUUCGGGCAGCAUGUACCGCUUCAACGGCGUGGACGGCCGGCUGGAGCGCUCCAUGGAGGCUGUUUGUAUGGUCAUGGAGGCUCUGGAGAGCUAUGAGCACAAGUUCAAGUACGACAUCGUGGGACACUCGGGUGACGGCUACGACAUCGAGUUGGUCUCAGCAAACAACGCCCCCAAGAAUAACAAACAGAGGCUCAAAGUCCUCAGGACCAUGCACGCCCACUCUCAGUUCUGCAUGAGUGGCGACUACACUCUGGAGGGGACGGCGUUCAGCAUCAAGGAGCUAGCUCAGGAAGAGGCAGACGAACACUUUGUGGUGGUGUUGAGCGACGCCAACCUGGAGCGCUACGGCAUCCGGCCUGAACUGUUCGCCCAAGUCCUGACGUCCGACCCGCAGGUCAACGCCUUUGCCAUCUUCAUCGGAUCCCUGGGCGAUCAGGCUGAUAGACUCCAAAAGACGCUUCCAGCUGGGAGAUCCUUUGUUGCCAUGGAUACCAAGCAGAUCCCCCAAAUACUGCAGCAGAUCUUCACAUCCACAAUGCUGUCCAGUGCCUGAAACACACACACAAGCGUUUGUUUCUUAUCUAACACACUCAAAACCUCAAAAUUCGUCAGUCUUUGGCAGUGACUUAUCAAGAUGUGUCCUUUCAGGAGAACUCUGGUUGAUCUCAUCCUGGUGUGUUUCCUAUUAAUAUGACUAACAAGGCUGGAAGUGUCCUGCAGACUUUGCUCUCUUUGUCUUUGUUGUAGACAUUCAGGGCAAACGAGGAGUCACACAGAACAGCAUGUGAAAUGCAUUUAUCAGGGCUGGUUAGCAGCAGCAGCUAGCCUGCAGCUUCUCAAAGAAAACUGAUUAUUACAUGAAUCAUUUUAAUAUUUCUUUUCAAUCUGACUGACGUUAAACAGAGAAAUUAGCAACCUAGAAGAAGCAUUUUGCAUUAGAGAUACACCACUUUGUUUCCAUGUGAGAGUCGGACUUUUACUGUGAAAACCUCAAUGUGUCCACACAUGAGAAGAAUCUAGCUGUAGAACUAAGACUGGAGAUGAUGUUUGACCGUCCCAACGUCAACUGGAAGAAAAGACCAUCGGCUUUUCAUCCAGAGAAAGCUAGUACAGUUAGAAAAAUGUCAGGCUGUCCAACCCGAAAACAAAAGAUGAUUCUUGUAAAAAACAAUCCACCUUCUUUGGAAAGAUACAGGGAUCUCAUGCUAAAUUAUCAUCAGUUAUCAAGUUAGCGUGACUCUGAUGGUUCGUGUCCACAGGAGUCGUCAUUUCAACGUUUCCUAUUGAUUGUAAGCGAUCGUUCAAUGCGUUCUUCGAGCAUCAUUUCCAGACAUAGCUCCUGUUCCUCAUUAGCAUAAAGUUUAGAUCUGGUCUACUUUAUGCUAAUCAGGGGCACAUAGCAUGACUCGACCCCUCUGGAAACUCUUGAAAAGCUUUUAGAAGUCUGUGUUCAAUUGCAUUUCAAAGUAGUGCACAGGAUUCGUUAUUCAGUGCUUCCUGUUUAAUAUCUAUGUACACAUCCGUGCAGUGCGUCCUGGUAGCGUCAUGGUGCAUUUCCAGACAUGUUUCCUCUUCCUCAUUUGCAUAAAAUUGAGUCUUAGGCAACUUUAUGCUAAUCAGGGGCGUCUAGCAUGACUCAGCUCAUCUAAAAAGUACAAUUGUUGAUCAAAAAGUUCAGAAUGUGUGUGCAGUGAUACUCUGCUCACAGAGCUCCUGCAACGCCUGGAUGUCCAGUUAUGUAAAAAUGCAAAGUUCUAUCUGUGGUGAGCUGAAUCUUCUAAACUGUGUCCAAACAGCAACUGUUUUCCUUGAAUUUAAUUUUGGGAAAGAGGAAGAAGAAAUCACAGGGGCCCACAAAUAGUGAGCAGAGCAGGUGGAGAAGGUAUAAUCACCACACUUUGACCCAGCUUUGGCAUUAUUUUUCACUUUAAAUGCUUUAAGAAGUAUAUUUUAGUGAGCUUUCCCCAAAGAAGCUGUUGUGUUGGUCAGAUCUGAAACCCAGAAACAGACAGCUGGUGAAGGCGUCCUUCAGUCAGGUGCAGAAAGUGUUGGGUGUCCAGAAAUGCUGCCGUGGCUACGUACCGUUAGAGCCACAAUAGCCCUAAUAACUGCAAACAUUUCAGGUUGAAAUCCAGCAGAAUUCUCCUUUAAUUUGCCUUCUGUAUCAGAACUCAUGACCCUAUCAGAUCUGGAGACUGGAAACAAGGCUGUAUUUAUUAAAGCCUACGGCCCGUUGCCAGCAUGUGACGGUGUUGCGUUAGCGUGACAGAGCUAACUCAUGUUUUGCAGCUAGGUACGGUCAUCCUGUGAUGUUGUGCGGCGUGACUACAGUGGUUGUGUUAUUAUAAAACGCCUGGAGCCAGACCCCGACCCCAUGUGGGGAUCAAACACUCAAACGUAACCUGUUGUUGUUUUUAAUUGUGUUUUCCAGCGAGGUGACGCACACAGACUUUGGCCUAUUUCUGGUCGACAGAAACUCGGUGGGAGGUGGAGGGCGGGGGAAGGGUCGCGAACUUGACACAGCCCCACUUAUUUUGGAUUUCCUCCUCGUUCAUCGUGUGUCACACAAAAACGCGCCGACACUCGCAGGAAGGGUGGCACGAACGCGGCCCUCUGGCACUUCAAUGAGCCCGGCGGAUAGAACUCGGCUCCUGAGGAAUGCCGGGACUGUGACCGGGGAAUUUCCCACCUGACUGCACACGCUCUUUAAAGGCCGCCGCUGUUGCACAACCCCCUGCUGUGUGAGUCCAUGUGUGUGUUCUCUACAGCAUCUAUGUCAACACGCACAAGCCCUUUUCCUUCCUGGCUGCCAGACUUCUGGAGUCUCGGAUCAACCUUCGUCCCACUCUUCAUGCUCUUUCCCCUACACUUACAGCCACUGCGAUCCAAAUCACUACAGAAAUCUUACUUGUUCAUGCUUAGAGAUCAACUAAACAUAUCAGUAUCUAUCCCUGGUUACCACUAUUCUGCGCUGAUGGGAUCAAUACAGCCAUCUAUCAGUCUGUAUUGAUCCCACUGUGUCAGACGGAUGUCCUUGUUUUCUAUUAACCCACUUUAAUCUCCUCUCUAUCACAGAUCAAAGUUCUAUUUGGACGACAUUUAAAAAUGUGUAUAGCAGCACAUUAACACACUUUGAAUAUAGUUAGGACUAUUUAAUUGUACAAUGUUGUGAAUUUAUCGUGUGAUAAAUUGUAAAAGUAAUGUACAAAAUUCUAAUAAAUCAUAUUAACGACA